GGAAGAUCUGAAUCUGAUCUUGGUCUCGUUGCUGGCUUGGUCACCUCCUACCCUGCCCCAUCACCAUCCGAUCGGUUCGCAUACGUCAGGACUGCUGUUGACCAAACGUGCGACGAACCAAAUGGCGCUCUGCCUGCGCAGCCUUGCCAUCCGUGUAGCGUCCCAUUCACGGCCUUCGCAUUCCAUCCGCUCUGCAGCUCGCCAUUCGCAGAUCCUCAACGACUGCUCCUCAGCAAGACUCGGCACUCAGAGAAGAGGUCUCAGGAGUAUCGCCGAUCUCGAAGAUCUGACCAAGACCAAGGAUACGCAAGGGAAGCCUAUCAAAACGCAUAUAGAGGAGCAAGACGUCAUCAUGAGUGCGCCCAUCUCUUCUGCGCCCCCCGCUGUGCCAGAUCAGCCAGAUGCCAGCGCCUCGUCGGGCGCACUUCCCGCUGCUUCCGCGCCGCCUUCGAUCAUCUUGACGCUCUCGUGUCCUGAUGGGCAAGGCAUUGUCCACAAUGUCUCUGGCUGGCUCGCCUCCCGGGGCCUGAACAUCCGAGACUCGGCGCAGUAUGGAGAUCCAGUCACUUCGACCUUCUUCAUGCGAGUGCACGCAGAGGCUUUCAAGGGAGCCAACAAGGGAGCAGGUCUCACAGUGGACAGGCUGAAGGAAGAGUUCCAAAGGGACAUGGCAAGCGAGCUGGGAAUGCAAUUCGAAGUUCGUGAGGAUACCUACAAGCCCAGGACCCUCAUCAUGGUGUCCAAGAUCGGACACUGUCUCAACGAUCUCCUCUUCAGGGUCUCGUCAGGAACGCUGCCUAUCGCGGUGCCAUUGAUCAUUUCCAACCACAACGACUAUGCUCCUCUUGCCAAGGCUCACAACAUUCCAUUUUACCAUUUGCCUAUUAGCGUGAAGGAGGGCAAGACCAAGGAGAUGCAAGAAGCAGAGAUCCUGCGUUUAGCGGAGGAGUACAAAAUCGAUCUGGUCGUCCUGGCAAGGUAUAUGCAGAUCCUUUCGCCUAAGCUGUGCGACAUCAUGUCCGGUCGAAUCAUUAACAUCCACCACAGUUUCCUACCGGCUUUUGUUGGCGCUAAGCCCUAUCACCAGGCCCAUGCACGCGGCGUCAAACUGAUUGGCGCAACUUCUCAUGUCGUGACACGAGACUUGGACGAAGGACCGAUCAUCGAGCAAGACGUCGAACGGGUCACUCAUGCCGAUAGUCCGGCGGACCUGGUUCGCAUCGGGGCAGACAUCGAAGCCCGCGUCCUAGCUAGAGCUGUCAGGUGGUUCGCCGAACAUCGCGUCUUGCUCAACGGCAACAAGACUGUCGUCCUGUAGCUUGGACUGCGACGCCAAAAUGCGAUCAUGUCGUCGCUGGUCCGGGUUUUUUGAUAUUGCAGCGCCUUGACUGUGCUUCCUGCAUCGCAACACUUCAGCGAGGCUGCCCGGUUCCGGCGCUCGCGUUACGCCAGGCAAGGUAGGUGACUCGAUGAACACGCGACAUUGGGAGCACAAUCGCUUGCAUUUACGUCAUCCGGCGCAAUGUGGCGUCGCACCCCGAUGCACCGCCGCUUCACAUCCAUGAGGCAUGUACGAAGGGCGUCGACCUCGCUUCCCGCCGUGACCGCGAGGGGGUCGACCGAACUGAGGGCUCUAGCGCGGGGUUGA